AUGUCGGAGGUGGGGGAGCUCACCCAGACGCCGCUGCAGAAAGUGUGGAUCCCGCAUGCCAGCAACCGGCUGCACCAGCGCAGGGGGUGUGAGUCGGGGUGGCCUUUUACCAAUUCACCCACUAUGGUGAUCCUGGUGGGGCUGCCAGCCCGUGGGAAGACCUAUAUCUCCAAGAAGUUGACCCACUACCUGAACUGGAUUGGGAUCUCCACCAAGGUGUUCAACGUGGGGCAGUACCGCCGCGAGGCCGUGCAGACCUACCAGAACUACGAGUUCUUCCGGCCAGAUAACCAGGAGGCCAUGCACAUUCGCAGGCAGUGCGCUCUGGCCGCUCUGAAAGAUGUCCACACUUAUCUCAGCCGGGAGGAGGGACAGGUCGCGGUGUUCGAUGCCACCAACACGACCCGGGAGCGAAGGAACAUGAUCCUGCAGUUCGCCAGCGACCAUGGCUACAAGGUGUUUUUCAUCGAGUCCAUCUGUGACGACCCAGAUAUCAUAGAGGAGAACAUCACACAAGUGAAGCUGAGCAGCCCGGACUACACGGACUGUAACCGGGAGGAGGUGGUGGAGGAUUUCCUCAAGCGCAUCGAGUGCUACCAGCUCCACUACCAGCCCCUGGACGAUGAGCUGGACAGCGCCCUGUCCUACAUCAAGAUCUUCAACGUGGGGCUCCGGUACCUGGUGAACCGGGUGCAGGACCACGUGCAGAGCCGCACCGUGUAUUACCUGAUGAACAUCCAUGUCACGCCGCGCGCCAUCUACCUGACCCGGCACGGCGAGAGCCAGCACAACCUGCAGGGGCGCAUCGGGGGCGACUCGGGGCUCUCCCCCCGCGGCAAGCAGUUUGCCUUGGCCCUGGCCAGCUUCAUCGAGAGCCAGAACAUCCGGGAGCUCAAGGUGUGGACCAGCCACAUGAAGCGGACGAUCCAGACGGCCGAGGCCCUGCAUGUGCCCUAUGAGCAGUGGAAGGCGCUGAACGAGAUUGAUGCGGGCGUCUGUGAGGAGAUGUCCUAUGAGGAGAUCCAGGCCCAUCACCCGGAGGAGUUUGCCCUGCGUGAUCAAGACAAGUACCGAUACCGCUAUCCCAAAGGGGAGUCAUAUGAGGACCUGGUGCAGCGGCUGGAGCCCGUCAUCAUGGAGCUGGAGCGGCAGGAGAAUGUGCUGGUGAUCUGCCAUCAGGCCGUCAUGCGCUGCCUGCUGGCCUACUUCCUGGACAAGAGCGCAGAGGAGCUGCCCUAUCUGAAAUGCCCGCUGCACACCGUGCUCAAACUGACCCCCGUGGCAUAUGGUUGUCAAGUGGAGUCCAUUUUCCUCAACGUGGAGGCUGUGAACACGCACCGGGAGCGCCCCCAGAAUGUCGACGUGACACGGGAGCCCGAGGAAGCACUGGGGACGGUGCCCCCCCACUAUUAAUUGCUUGUGGCCAUUAAAGCCAGCCCUCUCCUUU